UAAGCUUUUCACACCCCAUCUGCUGCUACGAACUGCUACACCUUUACCCUUCCGGCACACAUGGUGGUGCCUGCCUUAGGGGCAACAUGGAGCAGGAGGGGAUGCUGGUCCGGUCUAUUUAUUACGGGAGGAUUGGAAGCGAGGCCACAGAGAGGCUGCUGGAGAGGUUUGGACAUGAUGGCAGCUUUCUGCUGAGAGACAGCGAGACCAUGCCAGGGGCCUACUGUCUGUGUGUGAGGAAAGCACCCUUUGUGCACACGUACAGGCUCAUACACUGCACUGAUGGCUGGUGUCUCCAGUCUUCAGGAGACAGCCUGCAGAGAUUUAGGACGCUGGAAACAUUGAUAGAGAGCUACAGGAGGGGUACGGCCUCUGGUGUCAGUAUAGCCCCCCUCACAGAUCCCCUGGUCAGGACUCACCUACAGUACAUCAGCUUUGGACAAGAGUUUACCUACAUGGAAAUGAGCAACAGCAGCAGCUCUGUCUAUUGAGGCCGUGGCUUUUAUACUGGUGGACCGUCCCCAGACAUACUGAAGAUGAAAGAGACAAUCACACUGUCUGCGCACUGUCUCUCUAUUUUUUUUUUUUUCCAUAUUGGUUCCAUAUUUAUUUUUAGCAAUAUUUGUGUCACUUUAGUAUCAGUUCAAAAAAGAUUCACAUAUGGUGUUUUUUACCUGACAAGAUUAUGAAUAAGUGCCCACUGUGGUACAUAAAAACAUGUGAGUUUCAGUAUUUCACCAAGUACUCAUUAAACCUUCAAAUGUUUUUAAUUUGGUAUCAGAAUGAGCGUGGGAACACUGAAUUAAAAAAAGAUGCUGGGCAAAUGUAUCACAUGCCGUUUCUGUUGCUGUGGUUUCCUUUUACACAGACCUGUGUCUUUCAUAUGUAGUCCAUCAUUAUUGAUAUUUGUGUUUGAGGAAGUGCAUGUUUACCUUUCAACACAUAACUAGAUUCCACCUUAAAUACCUCAGUCUUAACUCUCUGGUCAUCUGUGUGUUUUCUAACAUUUUUUGCUAUAAAGGAAAGAUAUUUCUAUGUAGUCGUUAUCAUGUACUUUGAUGCUUUUUUUCUGUACAGACAGAGUGUAACACAGGAAAUGUGGCAAUGCAAGAAUGGCAGAUGAUACAAUCUAUUGUGGGCACACUUACUUCACCAUUUUCCUUUAUUUAGAUACUUUGCAGUCAUUGGCAAUAUCUAAUUAGGCGUAACCAGUGUUUCUCUCAAUCUGCCGGACUGAAACAGUGUGUCCUCUCCAAGGUUCCUUCUUGACAGUUCAUUUCAGAACUGAACUGUGAACAUGAAUUACUCUGAAGUACACAUGUAAUUUAUCACACCUUGGCACAGGCCGCUCUUACUGAAAUAUUCCAGUCAACAUAUUUUGUGCAAAAAGCUCUGUGAUGCAGCUGUUAAACACCUUUAAACCCACUGCUGCAGCCUCUCCGUGGCUCACUAACAGAGCUCAGCGGGAGUUCAUCAUUUGUGUUUGUGCUGUAAUAUUUUAUUCUCAGUGAUAAUAUGUGUAUCUGCCCCUGUUUGGGAACACCUGGUUCUGUCCGUCUCACAGGUGACAUUAAAUACCUUGGUCUGUGGGUCUGUAGGCAACAUUUUCUAUAGGCACAAUUUUCUUUCAGUCUACAGUCUUACCCCUAUUGGGCAGUUGUGAUAUUAUUUAUAUGAAAGCAGCAACAUCUUUACUUUUUAAAAAUGAAACCUCUCUAAGAUUAAUAUCAGGAAGUGGCUUUAUAUCUUGUACAAGAGUGUAGGUUGUUUUCUGUAUCCACAAUAUUUUAGAUCUUUAAGUGCAGACUUUUGAAGGAAUAGUCAGACUUUAGCAUUCAUAAAAAGACAAUUUGUCACUUAAUGAAUGCUUAUGUUUCUUGGAGUCUACCUUUGGAAAGUGCCAGACAAGAUGUUUCCCUGUUUCUAACUUGCGUAAGCUAAGCUAGCUGUCUGCUGUAGCUUUCUAUUAAACAGAAAUGAGAGAGUUAAUCCCAUUUUGUUGCAGUCACAUUUUAUUUAAGUCUGAUUUGAUGCCGUUUUUCCUUUUUUUAACAUUUUGUUAGAUUGUUUUAUAUGCAGUUUUGUAAAUUGCUGGAUUUUUGCUUUUGCUGUUAUUAUCUCGUAUUCUCCAGGCUGCUGUAAUAAAGACCAUAAACUGCUGUAAAUAAA